CAAUCUCCAAAACCAAAACCAAAACACUAAAUCCAAAUCCAAAACAAGUCUCUCUGUUUCCAUCUUCAAUCUAUGGCUUCUUCUUCUUCGCUUCUUGUGGCUAUCUUCUCCUUCAUCUUCUUAUGUUCCCUCGUUGCUGCAAAUGAAGUCUCCGUCGGUGGGAAAUCCGGUGACUGGAAGAUCCCUCCUUCAUCUUCUUACUCAUUCAUCGAAUGGGCUCAAAAAGCUCGUUUCAAAGUCGGAGACUUUAUUGUUUUCCGGUACGAAUCUGGUAAAGACUCUGUUUUGGAAGUAACUAAAGAAGCGUAUGACAGCUGCAACACCACGAACCCUUUGGCUAAUUACACUGACGGAGAAACCAAGGUGAAAUUGGACAGAUCUGGUCCUUUCUACUUCAUUAGUGGAGCUAAUGGUCACUGUGAGAAAGGUCAAAAGCUGAGCCUUGUUGUGAUCAGUCCUCGUCACAGUGUUGUCUCUCCUGCUCCUUCUCCUGUUGAGUUUGAAGAUGGUCCAACUUUGGCUCCAGCUCCUACCAGUAGCUCAGCUAGACUUGGUGGUGGUUAUGUUGUGUUGGGUCUUGUUCUUGGUCUUUGGGCUUGGUUCUAAUUUGGAACCAUGUGGUUUGGGGUUUGCUUUUUAUAAGAUGAGCUUUUGGUUUCAAAAAGCUUUUUCUUUUCUUUUAGUUUCUUUGUUAUCAUUACAUGUUGUGUUAGCUUUAGCUAAGUGAUCUUUGUCAUUGGCUCAUCGUUACUAUUUUAUUUAUAAAUUCAAUUCAUUAUUAUUCGUCAA